AUAAAAAACAAAAAACACCAUAGCAAAUAAGAAGAAGAACAAGCAAGGUAAGCAAGAGAUUCUACAAGGGUAGGAGAAGUCUCAUCAUUCAUCAACGACUGCACAGUAACACAGAAAGAGAGAGUUGAGUGUGGCGAUCUUGAAGAAGAGAUGAGCGAAGCGCAAAAGUAUGUGUGGGAAGGAGCCAUCCCUCUCCAGAUUCACCUCCAUGAAUCUGAAGUCACCACUCUCCCUCCUCCUCCACCCGCUCUCGUCUUAGCCCCUCGGAUAGGGUACUUGCCAUUGUUGAUUUCUCUGUUGAAGCCUCACUUCAGCAGUACACUUCCCCCUGGACAAGACACCAUUUGGUUUGAGUACAAAGGGCUUCCUCUCAAGUGGUACAUACCAACUGGUGUUCUUUUCGAUCUUUUAUGUGUGGAGCCAGAAAGGCCAUGGAAUCUAACAGUUCACUUUAGAGGAUAUCCAAGUAACUUGUUGCUUCCAUGUGAAGGUGAAGACAGUGUUAAGUGGAGCUUUAUUAACUCACUGAAAGAGGCUGCCUAUGUAAUAAAUGGUAAUUGCAAGAAUGUCAUGAACAUGUCUCAACCUGAUCAGGUUGAGCUCUGGGGCUCUGUUUUAAAUGGUAACUUGGAAUCUUAUCGACGGGUGUCAUCUAAGCUUAAGCUUGGAACUUUUGAAGAUAAACAUACAGAAAACAUCAAUUCAGUCUUGCCUAAGUCUGAAAGUACUGGGGAUACUGAUGCUGCUGGACAAGUGAAGAGUGGUCGGAUACCUGUUCGUUUAUACGUAUGGACUGUCAAUGAGGAGUUUGAUGAUUUUGAAGAUGCUCCUCAAGUUGAUGAUUGGGACAAAGUCUCGUAUAUCAAUCGACCUGUUGAGAUUCACAAUGAAGAUGGUAAAUUCUUUAGCUUAAAUGAUGCGGUUAGAAGACUAUUGCCUGAGUUUUUUCAGGGAAGUUCCUUUGAUAGUGAAGGAGACACAAACAUCAACCGAACUACAGAAGAGGGAGAAAAUUCAGGUAAUCCUGGGUCAUCUUUCCACGCACAUGAGAUUGCAGAAAUCAAGCUUGUUCGCAUUCAAGGGAUAGAACCAAUUUUGGAGAUACCUUUUUCUUGGGUGGUUAACAACUUAAUGAACCCUGAGUAUUUUCUUCACAUGUGUGUUUGCUUGAAAGUUUCAGAAGCUAGUGCUGUGCAAUAGGGAUAAAUUUGAUUAUGUUGGCCUUAUAUUUUCUGGCAAAUUCCAAGAUGCAAUUCUUUUGUAUAUAAAUGUACAGAACGGUUCACAUUGUAUUCAUUUCAUGAUUCGUUUUCCACUUUACACUGCAAAGUCUAAUAUAUGUUAACAGAUGUUCUUUUUUC